AUCCAUUUCUUUAGCAUAACUGGCUCAGUGACAGGCGUGCUACUUCUCUUUAUACUUACAUAAAAAGUGCUCCUUCUUUAACAAAAGAUUUUGAUGAAUGGAGCUUUGGUUUGCAAAGCAAGAAUUGUGUUCUUUACCAAAAGGAAUUUUAUCUUCAAAAAAUAUACUAACCCAUUUUUGAAAGUUUAGUCUUUUUUUAGUAGAAGAAUUUGAAAAUCAUUUUUUUAAAAUUUUGUACAUUAAGCUUCAAUGAGUAUCAGAAAAAGAGAAGCUUGGUUGUGUGUUAUUAGUUUAUUUUGGUUUUGGAGUAUAGGAAAUGGGUUGUUAUCUCCUAAAGGUGUAAACUUUGAAGUUCAAGCAUUAAUGGGAAUAAAAGGUUCAUUGCAUGAUCCUCAUGGUGUUCUUGAUAAUUGGGAUGAAGAUGCUGUUGAUCCAUGUAGUUGGACUAUGGUCACUUGUUCACCUGAAAGUCUUGUCGUUGGCCUGGGUACUCCUAGCCAGAAUUUAUCUGGUACUCUCUCAUCAAGCAUUGGUAACUUGACAAAUCUUCAAAUUGUGUUGCUGCAGAAUAAUAAUAUAACAGGACAAAUUCCUGCAGAUAUUGGGAGGCUUAAAAAGCUUCAAACACUUGAUGUUUCAAACAAUUUUUUUACUGGGGAUGUUCCCUCUUCUCUUGGCCACUUGAAAAAUCUCCAAUACAUGAGGCUAAAUAACAACAGUCUCUCUGGUGAAUUCCCAAUGUCACUGGCUAACAUGACCGGGCUCGUGUUUCUUGAUUUGUCUUACAACAAUCUGAGUGGCCCUGUACCAAGAUUUCCUGCUAAAACAUUCAACAUUGUUGGGAAUCCUCUAAUCUGCCCAACCGGGUCUGAACCAGAAUGCUUUGGGACAACAUUAAUACCAAUGUCCAUGAACUUGAAUAGCACACAAGCUGCUUCGCCUUCCGGCAGACAGAGGAAUCAUAAAGUAGCCCUUGCAUUUGGCUUUGGUGUCGGAUCUGUCUCAAUCCUCAUUUUCAUACUCGGGUUUCUUCUUUGGUGGAGGCAACGACACAAUCAACCAACAUUUUUCGAUGUAAAGGACCGAAAUUUUGAAGAAGUUUCUCUUGGAAACUUAAGAAGGUUCCAUUUCAGACAACUUCAGGUAGCAACAAGCAACUUCAGCAACAAAAACAUUCUGGGAAAAGGAGGAUUUGGCAAUGUGUACAAAGGGAUUCUCAAUGAUGGGUCUGUUGUGGCCGUUAAGAGGCUUAAAGACGGUAAUGCUGCUGGAGGAGAGAUUCAAUUCCAAACUGAAGUUGAGAUGAUCAGCCUAGCAGUACACCGUAAUCUCCUCAGACUAUAUGGAUUCUGUAUCACACAAACAGAAAGGCUUUUAGUCUAUCCAUACAUGUCUAAUGGCAGUGUGGCUUCCCGGCUAAAAGGGAAACCGGUCUUGGAUUGGGGUACGAGGAAGAGAAUUGCCUUAGGAGCUGCAAGAGGAUUGUUAUAUCUCCAUGAGCAAUGUGAUCCAAAGAUAAUUCAUAGAGAUGUUAAGGCAGCAAACAUAUUGCUCGAUGACUACUGCGAGGCUGUAGUAGGCGAUUUUGGGUUGGCAAAGCUUUUAGAUCAUCAAGAUUCGCAUGUCACCACCGCCGUGAGAGGGACAGUCGGCCAUAUAGCACCGGAAUAUCUUUCAACAGGCCAAUCUUCUGAGAAAACGGAUGUUUUCGGAUUCGGAAUUCUGCUUCUCGAACUAAUCACAGGCCAGAGAGCACUAGAAUUCGGCAAGGCAGCUAACCAGAAAGGAGUUAUGCUCGACUGGGUCAAGAAAAUUCAUCAAGAGAAGAAGCUGGAAAUGCUCGUCGAUAAAGAUUUAAAGGGUAAUUACGACAGAAUCGAACUCGAGGAGAUGGUACAAGUUGCUCUUCUGUGCACUCAAUUCCUUCCAAGCCAUAGACCAAAAAUGUCUGAAGUAGUAAGAAUGCUUGAAGGAGAUGGACUUGCAGAAAAAUGGGAAGCAUCUCAAAGAGCAGAAUCAACCAAAUCCAAACCCCAUGAAUUCUCUUCGUCGGAUCGAUACUCUGAUCUCACUGAUGACUCUUCAUUACUAGUCCAAGCAAUGGAGCUUUCUGGUCCAAGGUAAAUUUAAUUUACCAUUUUAAAGAGACAUUAGAAUACUAUUAGAUGAAAUUUAUAGGUGAAGUUUUUAUUUUAUUUUAUUUUUGGUAAUAGAGUUAUGAUGAUUGAAGGUUCUUUUUUAUUGUAUAAUAUAGGUUAUGAUCAAAACUCAAAAGGGUUUUGAGGUUUCUAUUAAAUUGUACAGAUUUUGCUUUGGUAAAAAUUAACAAUUUUAAUUAUAAUGCAA